AUGAACCAGCUAGAUCAUAUACUGAAAGACUCGGACCUUAAUGAUCCCCAGGUGUUAGCAAAGAUUGUAAGUAUUCGAAAUUUGGCAAGCAAAUACUCAAAGGAGAUUGUUGCAGAGUCCCAACAUCUCAAGGAUAAACUAGAUAACCAUCAAGACUACUUGAAUAGUGAUUCUCUCUGUAUGGAGCGCUUGAAGCAGCUAAAAAUCAACGAGCAGAAUAACACACGAGCGUCAUUUGAACAGUUCAAGAAACAGUUUUUGAAAGAACAUGGGUUGAAAAGAGGGGAUCUGCAUCCUAAUACCCUCCCUGUAGAGAAUCGGGAUGCCAUUAAAAUUCACAUAUCCCUCCCUAAACAAAAUCGCAAAUCAAUAAAUGCUACAAAAACUAAAAGAAAAGUGCAAAAUGGAAAACAAAAGUCCAAAGUCGUCAAACCUUCUAAGAAAAUUAUUAUAACCCCUCCAGCCCUCCCUUCACCAAUACCAGCGCCCAGUCCACCCGCCGAGGACGUCUAUUGCCUAUGUAGAGGACCAGGUUUAGGAAAGAUGGUUGCCUGUGACAAUCCCGGUUGCAAGUAUGAAUGGUUUCAUUACAAAUGUGUGAACUUGACGAGGGCACCCGAGGGGAAGUGGUUUUGUCCAGAGUGCAGCGUUGUCCGAUUACGCAAAAAGAAGAGACGAGGAAAACGAUGGUGA